AUGAGCAGCACUCCCGCGGUAGAAUAUGACCAUGUAGUCGACACGCCGGCUCCCAAGAAGUUCUGGACCACCAAGGCCAUCGUCGGCGCCGUCGUCUUUUGCGGCGUCGUCUGCGCGUCCGUCGGCGCCUACUACGUCUACAACGGCAAGACGCACUCGACCGCCGGCGACAUCGUCACCCAGAUCCAGCAGUCGCCCGGUCUCCGCGUCCAGAUCCAUGCCAAGCGCUCCAGCAUGGCCUUCAACGGCCAGACGUCGGCGACGGUCUAUGUCGUGCCGCGCGCCGGGUCGGGUGCCAACCUCAAGUUUGACGCGUUCUUGUCGCAGCCCGGUCCCGAAGUCACGGCCAACUACAUGCUGCUCGACGACCGCGCGUACUGGUCGAUCGUCAAGGAUAACGCGACCGUAGCCACGGGGUGCUUGAACCCGGACCAAGUGCCGCCCGUCCAACUGAUGCAAUCGAGCCUCGAAGACUCGAAGAUCGAGUGUCCGUCUGGCAAGCUGCUCGAGCUGCAGUUUGCCGGCGAGAACUUUGUCUUUUGCAACUCGAACACCAACAAGCUCACCAAGGCCGUGGGCACUGACCUCGACAUGACGAUCGAGUAUUUGAGCGACCCGACGUCGAUCCCGGACUUUGACGUGCCGCAGAUGGCUGGCAAGGCGCCGCUGAGCUGUCCGGUGGUGACGUCUACGCCGGCGACGACGACGACGUCGACGACGACCCGUCGUCUGGAGUCGAGCCACCGUCGGACGUCGAUCUUUGGCUCGUCGUCGUGCGGGUGCAAGGGCAAGAAGAAGCCGUGUCUGUUCGUCCACGGCGUCGGCAACGAGAAGUCGUCCGCGCCGACGUCGACGGCAAAGGACUUGUGGGGUGACAUCCAUGAUCAUGCCCCCUGCUGCUCGCGUAUUUCGUUCAUGCACUACGAGAGUGUGAACCGAGGCUGGAACGAGACGAGUGUCCAAGAAGAGUUUUGCGCUGCAGCCCUGCAGAUGAGCCCCGCGUGCUCUGAAACGGUCGACAAUGUGAUCUUGGUGACCUUCUCGAUGGGCAACCUCGUCGCGUCUGGUGCCUUCGCGACCGGCAAGUGCCAACUCGGUGACGAUGUGACGUGGGUCUCGAUCGCGGGUCCGAUGCAAGGCAGCCCCGCCGGGAACCUCCUCGAAGACAAGUGCGCGGCUUCCGACUCGGGUUCGGACAGCACGCUCAAGAGCAUUUUGAACCUUGUUGGCAAGUGCCCGCCGACACCGGCGUACCUCAACCUUAAGACCCAAGCCUCGGUCGACGCAUUGUUGCAAAAACAGUUUGCUGCCGCCCAAGACGUUCGGCACCGAGGCGCGACCAAGACCAUGUGCGGUGUCAAGUCGUCGGGUCUAGCGACGACCGACGGUGUCGGCCUUGCGAUCCUCGGUUCCAUGGCGUUUAAGAAUGGUUCGAUGCACGAUGGCGUCGUCGGGUUCGAGAGUUGUAGCGUUGGCAUCGACAGCUUUGCGACGAACGCCGAGGCCGGUGCCAACUACAAGGCGAGCAUCAACCACCUCGACGCAUCGUUCCGCAACGGCGACGGCUGGUGGGGCGCCGACCGCAAGCCCGUCAAGUGGUUCGAGUGCGCACUCUAA